AUGGUUUAUACUUCCACACAGAACUAUAAUUGCUACAGCAUGCUUUCCUCCAUAUUGCUCUUAGCUACAGUAAGUGCAGACUUGGUGUCGGCUCAAGCAAACCCCAACGUCGCGGCCAUCGACCCAACAAAGUCUGGACAAAUUGGUGUUAAUCCCGUUUCCAUCUACCCUCCCGAAUCCUAUCGCGUACCUCAUGCGCACACACAAUACUGGGACCAAGGAGAAUCGACGACCAAGUGGAUCGGGGUGAACACUGAGUAUUUGACCGACAUCCCAUACGUCACAACCGUCGACAAUACACCGACCGUAACGACCGCACCAGCGAACAUUGCUGCGAGCAUAAUCACCACCCCAACCGACGGAGCUUCAAUAGGUGACAUAGCAAUCACGUUUUCGGAAAAGUUAAUCAACGACCUCAACGAUAUCGCCGCCGAAGUGGAAGCAAUACCAUGCGGACAAAGGAAGCGCACGCCUUCAUGCGCCGCGCGGGUGGCGGAAUUCGCAGAGCGUACGAAUGCAGAGCUCCAACCAGGCGGACGAUUGGCCUACGUCGUCGACAACCCAACCGUACUGGUCUCUGCGGCAGACAUCUCAUCUAUUGUCAGCUUUAUCACAAACGCUAGAGUACGGGCCAUAGUCUCACUGGCGGUGAUGUCCUACCUGAUUUCGAAGGUCCCGGCGAAGCUUCCAUCUGUCUUCAGGCUGAUGAAAGACAUGGCGAUUACUGGUGGGCUGGGCAGCGAGGUACAAAGCUGUCCGCCAAUCGAGCUAGGAUGCGACGGAUGCAAGGGCAAUACCUUUGGGAUUUGCGUAUUCCCAUGGGCUGGGUGUCCUUGCAAGAAGACUAAGCGAUGCCCCGAUCCGAACCCAGAUUGCGACAGUGAUGGGUGCCAGGGCGACAGCGAUAACUUCUGCACAAACAAGAACAAGGGCUGCGCAUGCGAGCCGAGUGAAGAGGAAGGUCAAUGUCCGGAGGACGCGGGGGAAUAUCCGGAUUGUGAUGAAUGCGGCGGCAAUGCUGGCGAUUUUAAGUGCAAAGAGGAAUACAAUGGCGCAAACGACUGCCUCUGCAACGAGCGUUUUCCCGUCGGCGUAAAACCAUUAAAGGACAAGGUGGAUUACAGGCUCGCCCGGAGCUUGAUGAAGGAUUUCGUCCCUCACCAUGUUCCCGAAGACCCCGCAAACCAUGCAUGCAAUGAUGAAGGCGGCUACUGGACGUCUAGGGACAAACUCGCAGACUUUGCAAAGAGAUUUUGCACCGACGACCAUACCACUGGGAGAACACUUAGCUACCGUUUCCCGGGUAAAGGAAUGGAUGAUAUGACAAAUGCGGUCACGGAGACCUAUACCAUAGACGGUGUCGAUAACACAGUAGUGCGCAUCUACGGCUUCGUCGACGGAGGCUCGGAGGAUUGCAAAAACAGGUAUCCAAAUGGACUGGACAUCGAGACGGACUACUGCAUCGACGCUCUCUUAUUCGUGAUUGAUCAAUGUUAG